AUGUUCGUCACAUCUGUACAGGCCGAGGAGAAAUUUAUUACGGAAAACGGAUUACCUUCAGGGACAAAUCUCGAGACCAGCCCUAGUGAUUGCUCGAAAGCAUACGGUGCAUCUGUUACAGAGUGCGAAAAACAGAUUCAAAAAUCCAAUUAUACAGUACAAGUGAAGGGGUCAAAUUUGUUUCUUCAAAAAAUUCAGUCGUCAGUGCCUUCCUCUUCAUGCAGUAUUGGAGAGAGAGAACUUCCAUUGAAUCUUCUAGAUGACCAUAAAAAUGGAUUGGAAAGCGGUUUAUCAUGCGGCAAUUUUCAAAGUUCAGAGCAGCAUGAAGCCGCGGAACACUUAGAACCCCAUAUACUGGAGAAGGAACGGGAUACACUUAGUUCAUUUGAUCUUCCAAGUAAGUUCUAGCUUUAUGAUCAUCAAGAUGUGAUGCAUAUAUUUUUUUUAAUUUUCUACCUUGGUUGAUGGUAUUCUUGAAACCUCAUUAAUGUCAAUCACUAUGCUACUUCUUUGGGAUACUAUAAUCUUACCUGUUUGACCUGAAAGAUAGGAUUUCAAGUACCAGUGCUGAAAAAAAAUUCUGUGAAUGCAGAUGACAAGGAUUUCCACAAAGAGUGUGGAUCAGAACUAAUCCAUAAAAGUGAUUCCCGACUGCAUGUAAACAAUGCAAAUAAAUCAAAAUAUGGGAUUAUUGAUAAAGAAUCUCCUAACCGUGACUUUGCUGGAGGAAAAGUAGACUGCGGCAUUAGAAAAGAGCUUCAGCUAUGUGAUCUUGAUGAGGAGUAUGAAGUAUUUGAUUUGAGGAUCAUUCACAAAAAGAAUAGGUUUAAUCCAAAUCUUUCAAUGCUUCUUGUUGUCAAGUUUCAUUUAUUGAGAUUGGAGAUGACUAUGUAUUUACCCUAUUUAACAUUUUUCAGGACUGGUUUUGAGGAAAAUAAAGAUUUUCCUAUAGCUAUGAACUCUAUUAUAGCAGGCAGGUACUGUGUCACUGAACAUCUUGGCUCAGCCACCUUUAGCAAGGUUAUUCAAGCACACGAUCUCCUGACAGGAAUGGACGUCUGUUUAAAAAUAAUAAAAAAUGACAAGGAUUUCUUUGAUCAGAGCCUGGAUGAGAUCAAGCUCUUAAAGCUUGUGAACAAGCACGAUCCUGCUGAUGAACACCAUAUUCUGCGCCUUUAUGACUACUUCUAUUAUCAGGUACAUGAUUCAAGAACUGGGCUUAUCUCAAGUUGCAUAUUUUGAGAAUUUCUAGACACGCUUUUUGUUUCUCUGAUAAUUUCUCAUUGAACACUAAAAAUACCUCUUUAUUCCUCAGAACGAAAGCCUAUUUAUAUCUUUGAAUGUGCUCACGGACUUACAUCCACUUGACGUGUGAUUAUGUCACACCACUUUUUGUUCCAUGUCCAUACCAUGGCUUAAUAUAAUGGCUGCUGCUUUAUGGUAAGGAUGACAGAGUUGGUUAUGGGAUAUAAAUAUACAUCGGUUGCACGUGACUACGGCUUCAUGUAGAGAUGGAAUUUAAGGAAUUCAGAGUGGAGAUGUUGACACUUGUAUGAUUUAUCACGUGGUGCUAUACUUGAUCUUUCGCUUCGGUGAGAUCUUUGUGUCGCUGUCCGGUUAAUCUCAUGGUGGAACAUUAUUUUUUCCAAAUUUAUGAAGAUUUUCCCCUUGCCUCAAUUCUGUAAGAAAGACAGAUAAAUUACAUGGAUGAAAACAGACGCAGUCCCUGCAGGAUAAAUGUUCUAUGCCAAAAACACAAAGAUUGAUUCAUGAUAAAAUAAGGAAGCAUAACAAGAGUGAAGGUGCGCUUUUCUUAAACUAUCGAUUCAUCUUUUCAUCUUUUGGAAACAUUAAGAGAUUAUUGCAAUAUUUAGUUGGGUGUACCCGUUCAAACUAAGGCUUUUAGAAUUGAUGGGUUUUAUUCGGCACAAAUGAAUGACAUUACUGUUACCAUCAAUUAAAUGCGCGAUUUAUCCAUUUCUGGCAUUUUUUUUUUCUGGAAAAAUAAUCGAAUUGGCAUCGUCUUCAUUAAUGUGGCUAUUUAUUUUUCAGAGGCAUCAGUUUUACGCUCUUUCAUAGAAAUAUGUAAACUAUCAAUUCUGUUUCGCAUUUCCUUUCAUAUCUACCGAACUCGUAUAAAAGUAUUUUCUUAAAUUGGAGGUAAUGAAUGGUUUUUUUGGGACGUGGCUCAUCUUGAACUGCUAAUGUUUUUCUGGCAAUGUGCAGGAGCAUCUUUUCAUAGUUUGUGAGCUUCUUCGAGCAAAUCUCUAUGAGUUUCAAAAGUUAAAUGAGGAAUCUGGAGGAGAAAUCUACUUCACAUUGUCUAGAAUACAGGUUCGUUUGGUAUAUUAACUGAAACAAAUUUCUGAGAAUUGAUAAAAAUCUACUAAGAUAUAUGGCUACGUAUGCAUACGUAUGGUAUGUAAAAUUAAUUUCUUAGAAUUAAAAAAUUCACGUUUCCUGGAAUUAUCAUGCAUCCUCAUAGUAUUAAAUAAGUUUCUAAGAUAUAUUACCGACGAGAUUUUGAACGGAAAAUACUCCUAAAUAUAUGUAAUGUUUUUUAGUUCAAGUCAAACAAGAAAUAAUGACACUGGACCUUCCAUCUCUUUCUCCUCAGAAAAUAGCUCGGCAGUGCUUGGAGGGUUUGGAGUUCUUGCACAGUCUGAGUAUAAUUCACUGCGAUUUAAAGCCCGAAAAUAUUCUGAUCAAAAGCUACAGAAGGUGUAAGAUUAAGAUAAUUGAUCUUGGCAGCAGCUGCUUUCGGACUGACAACCUGUGUCUGUAUGUGCAAUCUCGAUCCUACCGGGCUCCCGAAGUCAUCCUCGGCCUCCCCUACGAUGAAAAGAUCGAUAUCUGGUCUCUUGGUUGCGUCCUGGCCGAGCUUUUCACCGGUGAGGUACGCGGGCCCUGUUUAUAUACCUCUUAAGAUGAAUCUAUAUCAGUCCAUGCGGCUAUUUUUCUUUGGACAGUUCGGCCAUCUGAUGCAAUAUUUUCCUUUUUCCUGUUAUAAUUGGAUGAACCGGGGCAGCCAUGUUCAGAGUCUUAUUCAUGUAGAUCAUUAAUCUUAUUAGAGAAUUUCCACUUCUUCUCGUAUGUUUUGGUGACUGUUUCAUCUGUGCCGAAGAUCUGAACCCGCCAUCUUCAUGAACUUUCAUGGCAUUUCUCGACUGGGUAACUUCAAUCAGAUCAGGAAUUUAACAGGAAGAACCGAAUAUGUUCUUAUCUCUGAUCUAUGUAAUUUAUGCACCAAGUUAACACACUUUCCCGGCUGAUUUGUGGCAGGUCCUCUUCCCAAAUCAUGAAGCGGCCCUGUUGCUCUCCCGGAUGAUCGAAAUCUUCGGUCCAAUGGACUCGGAGAUGCUCGACCUGGGGAAGGAGACCCACAAGUACUUCACAGAUGACCGCGUCCUCUACCGCAAGAACGAGGUUCCUAUGCCAUUCCCCCCUGUUCACAUACCUCACUUUCCCUCCGCUGAUUCACGCUUUGCUUUGACCCAAAUUGACCCGCGUGCUCAAGAACUAGUCUGAGUUCCUCAGAACAGAAAUCUUUUUCUGACUGUGACCCGUGAUGCUUCCCCACGGUAGAACUCACAGUCUCCCCUCCCCCUUUUUCGACUCGCAGGAGACGGAUCGAGUGGAGCGCAUAACCCCCGGGAGGUCAACGCUGUCAAGCCACCUCGGAAGCUCCGACCUACCGUUCAUCGGGUUCCUCGGCUACCUGCUUCAGAUGAACCCCCAAAAGAGACCCACCGCGGAGCAGGCAUUGCAGCAUCCCUGGCUCUCACAUCUCUAG